UCAUCUCCUCACUGGACUUUCAAAAAAUCUAAGCACAAAGAAAAGAGAUCCAAUGCCAAAUUAUUGAAUCCAGAAACUUUAAUCUCAACCAAAAAUACACAUCAAUCUGGAUCAAGAUUACUUAUAUUGUUCUUAAAAGUUUUAGGAGCAAUCUGUGGGAAUAUGGCUGCAGUUACUUCCAUCAGCCCCCACCCCUCUUCGUCCCCCCUCUAUCACAAAUUUCAUCCUUCCCCUCUUGCCUAUAAUUUGAACUCUAGUGUUGAACCUAACUCUUCUUGUUUUGCAACAAAAGCCAUUCAAUUAUCCAACAGAAGAAAGAGCUCAAGCAUCUAUAGAGCAAUCAGAAUUCAAAAUGCAGCAACCAAGCAAGCGAAAACACCAGCUGAAGAAGACUGGAAGAUUAAACGACAAGUUCUGCUCGAGAAAAAGGUAAGGAGUGUGGAUGUAAAGGAAGCUUUGCGACUUCAGACUGAAAAUAGAUUUAUCAUUCUUGAUGUACGGCCAGAGGCAGAGUUCAAAGAGGCUCAUCCAGCAGGUGCUAUUAAUGUGCAAAUAUACAGGCUUAUAAAGGAGUGGACAGCAUGGGACAUUGCUAGGAGAGCUGCAUUUGCAUUUUUCGGUAUAUUUUCAGGAACAGAAGAGAACCCUGAGUUUCUACAGAGUGUGGAGUCAAAAUUACCUAAGGAUGCGAAGAUUAUAGUGGCAUGUUCAGCUGGAGGAACAACAAAGCCAUCACAAAAUCUUCCAGAAGGCCAGCAAUCAAGGUCACUUAUAGCAGCUUACUUGCUGGUCCUCAAUGGCUACACUAAUGUCUUUCACUUGGAGGGAGGGAUAUAUAACUGGUUCAAAGAAGGCCUGCCAACAGAAUCUGAAGAAUGAAACCCGGCAAAAAAGAGGUGUUUUUGGAUGACAUCAAGCUUGAUUUAAUGGGUAGAGUGGUGCCUCCUAAAUAGAGUUGUAUGUGUAAAUGGUUUCACAAAUCAAUUGGAUGAAAAUUUUUCCCAUGUUCUAAAGGAAUCCUAAUGCUUACAUGAGGGUUCGCAUCAAA